AUGACCAUGAUCGGGAUAGAUGAGAUUCUCAAAAAGCGUUUCUUGGAGCUAAUCAAGACGGUAAAUCCCACGGGCAGAUGGAAGCUAGUGGUUGUGGAUAGUCUUUCAUCGAAGAUAUUGAAUUCUGCAUGCAAAAUGUACGAUAUUCUCGAGGAAAAUGUUACAUUGGUAGAAAACAUCGAAAAGCCGAGACAGCCUUAUCCCAGUUACGAGGCUAUCUACAUCUUGACGCCUUGCAUCGAGUCCUGUUCUCGUCUAGUAGAUGAUUUUUCACGUAAAGAAGGAAAGAUGUAUGCUGCAGCUCAUGUCCACUUUAUCAAUGCAUUGGAUAACAACACUUUCAACGAGUUCACUCGUCUUUUGAACGCAGCUAAUGCAGCUAACGAUAUUAGAAGCUUAAAGGAAAUGUACGUCGACUUUCUAGUUCGAGAGAACUGCGUCUAUACGUUGGACGAUCAACGAAAGUUUCUUGGUUUGUUUGGAGGAUAUGAUACCAGCCCAGGACAGAUUGAACCCCAGCUGGAUGAUAUAGCUAAACAGCUUUUGUGUGUUUGUGUUACUAUUGGUGAAAACCCUUUGAUUAGAUACCACCGUCCUUUGGAUAUCAAAGAAACUAUCAAUCGUAGAAUCCCCGAGCAUUUGGCCAAACUGGUUCAGUCUGAGCUAGACAACUUUUGCGCCACCAAUCCUGAAUUUCCUCCUCCCAGAGAUCCUCCACUUCCCAGCGGUACCUUAAUUAUCCUGGAUCGUACCAUUGAUCCCAUUUCACCAUUCUUGCAUGAAUUCACCUAUCAAGCCAUGAUUGCCGAUUUAUUGGAAGUAGAAGAGAUUCCAGCAGGCCUUAAAUAUGAAUACAAAUAUACGCAAGAAGACGGCACCACCCAAGAUCAAGAAGUGACUCUUGUAGAGCAAGACCCAGUUUAUACCAACAUCCGCCACAUGCACAUUGCCAACACAACAGAGAAGCUAAUCAGUGAUUUCAAUGCGUUUAUCAAUGAAAACAAAAUCUCUGGUACUGGCGGUCCCGCUACUGCUGUCAGUCUGAACGACAUGAAGAAUAUGAUCAGCAAUUUACCUCAAUUUCAAGAAAUGAAAACUCGAUUUUCAGCCCAUAUGAACAUUGCCAGUGAAUGUAUGCAGGAAUUCAAGAAUCAAAAUUUGGAAGAAAUUGGUCUGUUGGAGCAGGACAUGGCAUGUGGCGAAACGCCCGAAGGCGAAAAGCCUAAAAAUUUGGUAGAAUCUUUGACUCCUAUUCUGGAUGAUCCCUUGACCUCUCAGAUGGUGAAGACUCGGUUGAUCUUGCUCUGGAUUGCAACAUCUGAUACUGUCGAUCCGGAGGACCUGGAAACACUAUUGGCCGUUGCCCGUCUAGAACAAGAGUAUAAGGAUGCUAUCGAGAACAUCAAGCUACUAGGUGUCCAAUUGUCCAAAUCAGCCAAUCGACAAGGUAAAAAGAUGAAAAAGAGCUGGAAAAAGAAGGUCAAUCCUCAGCAAGAGGUACCCUUUGACCUGUCUCGCUAUGUUCCUGUUGUCAAGCGUAUUAUGGAAGGACACAUUGACGGAAGCAUUGACCAGAGCUUAUUCCCGAAUAACAUCCGCAAUGUCAAGCAACAUAAUACCAGAAAAGAUACAACCGAAGCAGUUAAAGAAGUGCCCAAGUUAAGAGUUUACAAGACUCAAUGGCAUAAAAAAUCGACUGGGGCUAAUGCUGCUGUCAAACCACCUUCUGGACCACCCAUCAUCAUAUUCAUCGUAGGAGGCAUGACUUACUCUGAAAUCCGAUCAGCAUACGAGAUUGCAGAAACAUUUGAUCGAGAAGUUUACAUUGGUUCUACUCACAUCAUCACACCCGACAAGUUUGUAGAGGACAUUGGUAAAUUGGAUAAGAGAUUGCCACCACAAACAAGCGUUGUUCCACCUUACAAAGGUUCCAUUCACAAGUCAAAUACCGGAAAUGUGAACAAGACACUUCCACCUCGAACCACUUCUUCAAUCACUAAUGCAAGCAGCAGCACAUCGAAAGGGCAUAAGAUACUAGGCAAAUGGUAG